CCUUCGCACUUCUGGUUGUUGUUUCAAACAAAUAGCAUAGCGUAUUUCUGAAUAAUUAAAAGAAAAUAUAUUAAAACAAAUCUUGAUUUUCACGAGCUGACUUAGAGGAAUAAAACAAGCAGCUUUAAAAAGACCAACAGAAAAGAUCAAGAGAAGAAAAAAGUCAAGAAUUUUUAAGGGAGCAGUUUAUCAAGAGCAAAAGUGAUGGUUGUCGCUGUGAAAGUUUACAAAAAGUCCGCACCGAAUGGCAAGCUAACGGUCUAUCUCGGAAAGCGCGACUUCAUCGACCAUGUCGACUACUGUGAAGUCGUCGACGGCGUCGUGGUGCUGGAUCAGGAGUACUUGCGCGGUCGCAAAGUCUUCGGACAGCUCAUCACCACCUACCGCUAUGGGCGCGAAGAGGACGAGGUCAUGGGGCUGAAGUUCUCGAAGGAGAUGGUCCUCGGCAAGGAGCAGGUCUACCCGAUGGUCAACACCAAGAUGGAGAUGACCCCGAUGCAGGAACGCCUGGUCAAGAAGCUGGGCGCCAACGCGUACCCGUUCACGUUCCACUUCCCGAACAUGUCACCGAGCUCGGUCACGCUGCAAGCCGGCGAAGACGACCAGGGCAAACCGUUGGGUGUGGAGUACUCCAUCAAGGUCUACGUUGGGGAGGAUGAGGAAGAGAAGCCUCACAAGCGUAGCACCGUGGCCCUGCUGGUCAAGAAGCUACAGCACGCCCCGACUAGCCGUGGCCGUCGGCUGCCUUCGUCUCUGGUCAGCAAGGGAUUCACCUUCUCCCAGGGCAAGAUCAACCUGGAAGUGACCCUGGACCGGGAGAUCUACUACCAUGGUGAGAAGAUCGCCGCCAACAUCGUUGUGACCAACAACUCCCGCAAGACUGUCAAGAGCAUCAAGUGCUUCGUAGUGCAGCACUGCGAGGUCACCAUGGUCAACGCCCAGUUCAGCAAACACAUCGCCUCGCUGGAAACCCGGGAAGGUUGCCCGAUCACACCGGGAGCUAGCUUCACCAAGUCCUUCUUCCUGGUUCCGCUGGCCUCCAGCAACAAGGACCGCCGCGGAAUUGCCCUCGAUGGUCACCUGAAGGACGAGGACGUCAAUCUGGCUUCCUCGACCAUGAUCAGCGAAGGCAAGAGCCACUCCGAUGCCAUGGGUAUCAUCAUCUCCUACUCGCUUCGGGUCAAGCUGAACUGCGGAACCCUCGGCGGAGAACUACAGACUGACGUUCCCUUCAAGCUGUUGACGCCUGCUCCUGGAACCGUUGAGCGUGAGCGCGUCAACGCCCUGAAGAAGAUGAAGUCGAUCGAGCGCCAUCGCUACGAGAACUCUCACUACGCCGAUGACGAUGACAACAUCGUCUUCGAAGACUUCGCCCGGCUGCGAAUGAACGAGCCGGAAUAAGUUGUCCGUCCCUACUUGUCCCUCGCUGAUCCAGGUUAGCCACCCUAGUCUUUCACCUCAACUACUCCAUUUCGACCGACCUCCUUUUAACACUGUAAAAUGUUAGAUUUUAUUUUUGUUACAACAAACCAGAACUGUUUAUAACUUCCUUGGAGAAACAAAAAAAAGACCCGGGAUUUAGUUACGAGGGGAAACCCUCAAUCGAAAAACUAUGUGAUAUUUCAAAGAGCUGAUUUGCCUCUCUCUUCUUGGAAAGUCAUUUUAGUUUCGUAUAUUUAGUUUAAAAAAGUAAAAAAACAAAAAAGACAAAAAAUCAAACAAAAAAAUAAGUCAUAAGUAACUCGAAACGUUUUGAUUCAUCGAUUGAUUUGCGGCCGGCACAGUGAGAGCAACUUUCUGGACAACUGCGCAGUUCACCACCACCAACAGAAAUCAACAGAAAAUGUCUGACAAAACAGAAAACACAAACAUCACACAAAGAAGCUCCCGGCAAUAGGUCGUCGAUCAGUCGAUCAAUCGAACAACAAAGCCAACUAACGAUACCAGAAGUGAAACGAAUCGAAAUCAGCGGUCCUGCCGAUCAAAUUCUUGCCUUCGGCUGGGAUUUUCCCAACCCAACUCUCGUUUUUAUUUGAGGAAAUCGCAGCCGAUCGAAACCGAUCGGACCCCGUGACAUUAAGUUUAAGGAAAAAGGAAACUUGAAAAAACUCUUUUAACCUAACAAAAAAAAACUAAGCCAAAAUGUUAUGGAAGCCCCGUAGUUAUUUCAAUUCUUUGUUUCGUGGAACCCCCAAAAAUUUCGGUUGGAGCCUUGAACCUAACUCAUACUAAGAAAUUGGAAAAUUUCUGGACUGAGUUUGGUCACUUUUAAGAAUUUCAAUCGAAACAGCGGCAGGUUCCAUCUGUUUGUCCUUUGAAAGCGAUUCUUUGUUCCCGAAAAAAGGGUGGAGGAAGGAGUCGCUUUCGAAAAAGAAGGGAAAACUCGAUUCCGAUUCCGAUUAGACCGAAGAGUCCAAUCGAAAUCUGAGGAGUUUUCCUCUAAAAGCUUUAAAUCAGGUACCUUAACGUGUAGAUUGUUAUUUGUUAAAUUUUUAGUUUAGUAGUUUUUUAUGUUUUCUAUAGUAUUCAGUUAAAAUUUUAAAUAUAAUAUUGAAGAUAGCUCCCAUAAACUGUGCAAUUUGUAAACAGAACCAAAAAAAAAACAACAAUUAUAAAGAAAUCAAUCACAUUACAAUUUAUGAUUAUUGUUUUAUUUAUCUGUAUCGAGCAAACUGCAUACCUAUCUAUAGCAAUGAUAAGCACUUUUUCGCAAAAGAAACAACCGUUUUAAUAUGAUUGGCAAAUAAUGAAUUGGUUUUUGUAGCUUCAGCAAA